CUGCCCCAGCCAGAACUAGCGGGUGACAAACAUCUAGCUUCCGAUGAAGCAGAGGAUAUUUCGCGAGGUGAUAGCGGUAGUAAUGUAGGAACGGCUCCCAAAGUACUAGCGCUUACACCCGCUGGUAGAACUAACGCGAUAUCCCCGUUAGAUAAUCUUGUUGGCACUAAUCGGACACCAGAACCCGGGCCGGCUGAAAUAUAUAGUACAUUAUAG